CUCCCCCUCCCAGCCGAGAAACAUACCCUAAGUGCAUUUCGGCACGAAUCCGACCAACCAACCGACCACUUCGCGCGAUCCGCUUUUCGCCGUUCGCACCGUGACGUCAAGAUGGGCCGCUGGUCGCAGUACGACACCGACGAGGAGCGCCUGCCGGAGGGCAUGAAGCGCAUCGGCUACGACGCCGACACGCAGGUCUACAGCUUCCGCGACGCCGACGGCAGCAUGUGGGAGAGCGCGCCAGGGAACCAGUACGGCCAGCUGCACCGCGUCUCGGGGAGCGCUCCGCCGCCGCCGCCCCCGCCGCCGUACGACGAGGCGUCGGGCGAGCCGCCCGGCCGCCCGGCCUCGUGGCGCCACGACAUGAUGCCCCUGCUCAACUGGUUCCUGCUCGUCGGGCUCUUCCUGCUGCUCGUCUUCUGGUUCAUCAGCAGCGCCGCCAUGCCGCCCGCCCCGCCCGCCUGCGGCGAGCACUCCACCCCCCACCACAUCCGCCCCGGCGACAGCUGCUGGGCCAUCGCCGACGACCACGGCAUCCCGCUCGACGCGCUGCUGCGUGAGAACGCCGGCGUCGACUGCGAUAAGCUCGCCGUGGGCGGCACUAUCUGCGUCCCCCAGGCCUAGGCUGGUGGCGCCGGCGCCGAGAAUCCCGGGGUCAUCCCAGCAUCCACUAGAUAUUGUUAUUUUUGGAGGGGGAGGGGGCGUAUUUUGGGAGGGGCCGCGAUGACUG